AGAUAUGAAAGCUCUCGGGUGGAUCUGGUGAUUUUCACUGAAUCACUGGCCCUUUGGCGACUGCUGGACGCACCUCUGCCAUUAUUUCUGAGGUUUACACGGAGAGGUCUUCUCACUGGACUUCACUUCGAGACUUGGAAAGGGAUUUUAUACUGAGGAGAGGAGUCUCUCGUCAGGCUCCUCUUAAGGAAUACAGAUUGUUGCUGUUCAUUGUCUGCCCGGGGGAAACUCUGCUCACUUUUUUAUAUGGCAAAGUUUCUUGCCGAACUGCUGGGAUGCACUCUGCCGGAGAAGGGCACCGCUUCUCUGUUCGAGUCCAGAAGCCAGCCCCACAUGGGUCUCAGACUUGUUUCCAAGCAGCGGCCCACAAUCUUUGGCACAUUGACCAAUGAAAGACCAGCAUUUGAUCACAGAACGCGCAACAUGCCGCAAACACCACCGUUUCCGGCCACGUUUGGCAGCACCGGAUUUAACAACAAUGUCUACCAAACAAAGGAAGACGGUUAUGGUGGCCUGUAUUACCAUGACAACAACCUUGUGUCAGGGUCUCUGGAAGCACUCAUUCAACACCUAGUGCCCAAUGUGGAUUACUACCCUGAUAGGACAUACAUUUUCACCUUCCUGCUCAGUUCCCGCCUCUUCCUGCAUCCGUAUGAGCUCAUGUCAAGAGUGUGCCACCUGUGCGUGGAGCACCAGAGACUCAGCGACCCCCAGGCUGACAAGAUCAGACUGCGGAAGAUCGCCCCAAAGAUGGUGCAGCUGCUGAGCGAGUGGUCGGAGACGUUCCCCUAUGACUUCAGGGAUGAGCGCAUGAUGCGCAGUCUGAAGGAGCUCACCCAUCGCAUCGCGUGUGGAGAUGAGCUUUAUCGGAAGGCCUUCCACCAGAUGACUCAGGCCCUGAUCCGCAAGCUGACCACGCUCAGCCAGUACGAGGAGGUGCUGGCGAAGCUGAACGCCACCGCGACGGACAGGAUGGCUGUGCUGAAGGCCAAGCCUCUGUCCAUCCAGAGGGACAUCCUGUCCAUCUGCAAUGACCCAUUCGCUCUGGCCCAGCAGCUCACACACAUAGAGCUGGAGCGACUAAGUUACAUUGGCCCUGAGGAAUUUAUCCAAGCUUUUGUUCAGAAAGACCCUCUGGAUAAUGAUAAGAGUUGCUUCAGCGAUCGCAAGAAGGCAAGCAACCUGCAGUCGUACGUGGAGUGGUUCAACAGGCUCAGCUAUCUGGUGGCCACGGAGAUCUGCAUGCCCGUGAAGAAGAAGCAGAGAGCGCGGGUCAUCGAGUUCCUCAUAGAUGUGGCACGGGAAUGCUUCAACAUCGGAAACUUCAAUUCCAUGAUGGCCAUUAUUUCUGGUAUGAACAUGAGUCCCGUGUCCAGACUGAGGAAGACCUGGGGCAAGGUCAAGACGGCCAAGUUUGACAUCCUGGAGCACCAAAUGGACCCGUCCAGCAAUUUCUACAAUUACCGCACGGCGCUGCGCGGCGCCACGCAAAGAGCCAUAACCGCCAACAGCACCAGAGAGAAGAUUGUCAUCCCAUUCUUCAGCCUAUUGAUCAAGGAUAUUUAUUUCCUCAAUGAAGGAUAUGCCAACAGGCUACCCAAUGGACUUGUUAAUUUUGAAAAAUUCUGGGAACUGGCCAAGCAGGUGGGGGAGUUCAUGGCCUGGAAGCAGGUGGAGUGUCCCUUUGAGAGGGACCGCAAGGUCCUGCAGUACCUCCUCACUGCGCCUGUCUUCAGCGAGGACGCCCUGUUCAUGGCCUCCUAUGAGAGCGAAGGACCGGAGAACAAUAUGGAGAAGGACAGCUGGAAGUCUCUUAGGUCUACUCUGCUAAGUAGAGUAUAAAUGGUGAAGACCCUUCGGGAGAUGAGUCACGUGACUCACUGUGUCUGAGAAAUGAAAUGUAUCCCAAUAUUGAGGGACUGACAAUCCAACCUGCUGAAGAUGGCCAUGGAGUUCCACAGCAACACACGUCAAGUAUUGCAACUUUGCUGCUCAAACUGGACAUUUCAGGAAGGAUUUCAGUCUCUUUGUGAUUUUUUAAAAUCUCUUUGAUUGACAAAGAGAACAGUGAAGAAAGCGUUGCCCCUGCUUUGUACACCCAUCAGAGGAACAGACAGAUUACCUGACAAAGCCGAGCCUGCUCCAUACAGCAUUAGGGGACCUAAUGCAGAUGCUUUCCUUCACUUUUUGAAAAUGUGUCUUCUCUCCGUGGUGUGAAGUGGGCUGCUGGUUGGCUCACUCAUGACAGACACGUUGGAAAGCGUCUUUCAAAGCCAGCAUUGUGUGCGCUUAGGACAGAGCACUAACUGCAUCGAUGACUUACCUGGAGAGUCAAAAUGUCUCAGCCAAUAUUUUAGAUUUAUCAUGGACAUCAAAUAUUUUUUGUAAAUAUGAGAACUGUGUUAUUCUAAGCUAAUAUGGUCAGUCACCUUUUCCGGUGAGAUUUAGAAACAUGUUAAAUGCAUAUUUAACAGCAGUUGAUGUCAUUUUGUUUUGUGCUACACAAAGCCUUGUAAUACACUAAAACCUUAAUGCAGACCUCCCUUACCGUAUGAUGUAUGGGGUAUUAGCCUUUAAUGUUAAUGGACAGUAGGCUAUGUAUAAAGUUACAGUGUCCCCAGUUUAGGAUGCUAUGCCCAAGCCACUUUGUGGGAUCAAACGCAAAGUUGCAAUUUGUGCGCAUGGGGGGCAAAUGGAAUUGCCCCCUCUCCCAAACUCAACCCCAUUGCGGCCCCUCUCCCCUAGGCAGGACUGUAACCUAAAGUUGUGUGGGAUUAAGUGGGUGAUGAGUGUUCAUAGAAUGAGUAAAGCGAGUUUGGGUGUGUGUGUGUGUGUGCAUGUAUGUAGAUAAUAUUGUUGAAUGCAAGUAAAGGAGGGUGGAGGCUGUAUUCAGUGCUUUGUAACAUAUGGCACCAUCAUGGAAAACCUCCACACAAAUGAUUUGAAAGUUUAAGGAAAUGCUGGAAAGGUUUUGUUUUGAUUCGUACGUUUGUGAGUUAUUUAUGCGUUUCCUUUUCUUGCAGAUAUGAUUUGUGCUGUCAUGUGUUUUAGGUAUUAUUGACUUUUCAUUGCAUUCCUAUUUAAUUUUGUACUAGGUACAUAACAUAUUUUCAUAGUUUCAGUUUUUUCGCUAACAUUUAUUUUUCUUAUACAUGUUUGUACAAGAAAACCUCAUUUUCAGGGUACUUGAAACGAAGCUGAGGUUAUUUGCAACUGUCUAAUUUAGCUCGUCUUUGCAUUUUCCUAAAGCAAAUGACAUUCAGGUUUGUUGUGUAAAGACUUUAUAUACAUUUACUGUGUCCAGCUGGUUUUGAUGAUUUCAUAAACUGAAGCAGUUGUAUAUAAAAAGAACCACAAAUAAAAGAAAUUUGAAGACGCCGAAUGAAA